AUGGAUAGAAAGAUAAGACAAUUAGUACUUGAUGCUGGGCCAUUGAUUACCCAAUCAGCAUCUUCAUUACAACAAUUUGCUCAAGAGUUCUACACAACCCCAGGUGUUUUUGGGGAAUUGAAAGACGAACAGGCCAGAAAUCAACUCAUUUUAUGGAAUGACAACUUGAAGAUCAAACAACCUAGCAGUGAAAGUAUCAAGAAAGUGGAAAAUUUUGCCAGAUUAACAGGGGAUUUCGCCGUAUUAUCUACCAACGAUAUUCAUAUUAUUGCUUUGGCAUAUGAGUUAGAGGUGGAAGCCAACUCAGAUUGGAAAAUCAGAAAAUUUCCAGGUGAAAAUAUAGAUCAAAAGAAAAAACCUGAAAGUGUAAAGAAGCAAGAGAAGGAAGAAAUCAAGGACACCACAGGGGAAAAGAAAAAAAGAAGAAGAGGGGGAAAGAAACAAAGAGAAAAAAGAGAAGCUCAAUUACAGAAAGAAUUAGAUGAAUUGACCGAUGAUUUAGAAAAUUUGGAUAUACCAAAGGAAGAAGCUAAAGACGAAAACAAAGAGGAAGUCCAAGAAGAAGUCCAAGAAGAGGCUCAAGAAGAAGUCCAAGAAGAUAAAGGAGACAAAGAAGAAAUCAAGGAAUUAAGUGAAGAGUUCCAAGAAGAAGAUGACGAUGGUGAAUGGAUAACACCAGAAAACCUCAUAGAAGAAAUGACUAAAGAUAAUAAUGAAGAAGUUAAAGAAACUAACAAAGUACCUUUAAUCAAGGUUGCUUUCUCCACAGGAGAUUUUGCUUGUCAGAAUGUUUCCAUGCAAAUGGGUCUUAAUCUUAUGAACUCCAUGUCAGGAAAACAAAUCAAAAGAAUCAGAAAUUAUAUGUACAGAUGUCAUGCUUGUUUCAAGAUGACGCCAAUUCCCAAGAACGGUAAACCCAAACAUUUCUGUCCAAAAUGUGGAGGUAAUACGUUAUUAAGAUGUGCCGUAUCUAUAGAUAAUAACACUGGUAAAGUAACACCACAUUUGAAAAGUAAUUUCCAAUGGAUCAAAAGAGGUAAUGUUUAUUCCAUGGCAUCUCCAUUAAGUAAAAACCAACAGAAAAGACAAGGUAAUGGAGGAUAUCAACAUAAUAAAGAAAAUCGUCAUAAAACAUUGCAAAUGCCCGAAUUAUACAGUGAAGAUCAAAAAGAAUAUCAAAAGGCCGUCAAAGAUGACGACUGGCAAAGAAGAAAGAAUGAUAAAUUAUUACAAGAAUGGAUCGGUGGAGGUUCAGCAGAUAAUUUUAUUUCUCCAUUCAAUUCUAUUCAAACUUUAAGGCCCAGCGGAGUGCGUGUUGGUAAAGGUAGAUUUGCUAACUCAUCAAGGGGUAAAAGAAAAUGA